UGAUAUCAAUCCAAUCUUCACUGGUCUGGGAUGUUCUGAAUGCUUUAAAGGAUUUUGACUCACAUCCUCAAACUUAUCACAGACGGCCUCAUCAAGAGCAGCCACCAGAGAAAAGUAGACUCUGUCGCUCAGGAUGUACUGUCAGGAAAAUACAGUCAUCCAGUUCAAACCCGACCACAAAAACCCACCUCAGCUCUGCGCUGCACGCACCCACAGACAGCACGACAGAAGUAGCUCUUCAUACAUGACUGCAACACAGAUGUAAACACAAUUUAUUUCAUUGGUGUUUCUAUAAUCAUCCAGUGGGGGAUCGAACACAGACUCACGUCCACUCACACUCAACGUGAAGCCAGACAACAGCCGUCAGAGGUAGGAAGAAGGCGGGAUCAGAGGGUGGCUGAAGCUCCGUCCAUGGAUUGACUGAUGGAUUGAAGACUUACGUGCUGACCGUGCGUGGCGGCAAUAAAAGCAACUGAUGGUUUUCAGUCUGGAAGGCAAAUCUAUAUAGUUUAGAGCAAGAAAAAAGCUGCACAUUCUGCAGGAAAGUGGAGCAAAGGAAGAGGAAAUCAAGAAUUAUCAGUCGCCUUCAUGAGAGAGAUUUAAAAGACUUUAGCUGCAUCUGGAACAUGUUAGUUACUCUGAAACACAUAUAAAGACAAACGCUCACAGGACGCCAAGCUGGGCAGCCCAGAGGAACCUCUGUGGCUUCACCACCAUGAUGGAGAAGCUGAACCCCGCGACUCCACCCACCUCACCCCCCGACCUACUUCGCCCCUCUUCCUCCUCCCCCUCUUCUUCUGCCUCCUCGCCAACCUGUGUGUCCGUGGAGCAGCACAGCUCCUCAGAGAACCAGACUUCAGUUAUCAGCAGCCCAUGUCCUGCUGAGAAGACAGGGCCCAAGGGACACACAGAUGUCCCCAACACUGUCUCCAUCCAGUCUUCCAUCACUACAACAACAGCGUUGACCAAUCACUGCAAGGAUAAAGCUGCUGAACGUGAGCUCAUCAUUAUGGAGACAAAGCAAGAGCAGGAGGAGAGGCAAGAAGGAGGAAAGAGCACAACGGCCCCUGCUGCCACCUUCAACAGGUCCCCAACUCUUUCUUCUCCACCUCCGCUCCUCCCCGCUCCGGCAAAGACAUCACCGUGUCCAAUCCCACCUCCAGCCUCCGUAUCAUCAUCCUCAUCAUCCUCUCCUCUUCCUCCCCACAUUCCGGUCAUUAGUCUUGGUCACAGCAAGCCGCCUCGGCCGCUGCCCAACACCCCUCUGACCGCCCUCCAUCCUAUCCCCAGCCUUCUACAUAGGCCUCAUGGGGACAUUCGCCGUGGCCAGCAGACCUGUUUGACUGUGGCGUGCACCGGAGGCCCUGCAAUUUCUGGAGGUCCCUCAGCUCACUCCCCAGGGCCCUUGCUGCCUCAGCAGUACCUGCCUGCACACCCGUUCUUCAGCAGCUCGUACCUGGGUCACUCAGGAGGAAACUAUGGCGUCCUCAGCCAGAGCCGCAUCAAGAGGAGGCCGUCGUCACACUUUGAGAUGGAGAUCACUGACUCAGGCCCCCCUCAGAAAAUAGCACGCCGCGUCUUCACCAACAGUCGUGAGCGCUGGCGGCAGCAGAAUGUGAACGGGGCUUUCUCUGAGCUCAGGAAACUUAUUCCCACUCACCCGCCUGACAAAAAACUCAGCAAGAAUGAAAUCCUGCGUCUGGCUGUAAAGUACAUCAACUUCCUGGUCACUCUGCUCAACGACCAGGCCGAGGACAAGAGCCACGACUCCGCUGAGGAGGAGGCUGAGGACGAAGGUACGGCAGAAGGCUCGGACAGCAAUAAACGUAACUCCCUUUUUCAGUCCCGUGCCAACCUGCCGCCCUCAGCCGUCAUGGCAACAACCCGCAGAGACAGAGACUCAACAGACUCAGUCGCUGCCCUGGCUAGUUCCCCAGUAACAUCCAGUUGCUAUGGCGACACAGACAGUGAAGAAAGCUUUGGGGGCAAGACCUCUUUGGUGACCCAAGGCAUUCUGGGAAAGGUCAAGGGUCAGAUAAGAAUGGUGGCUGCCACAAACGAUGUGCGGUGACACCAAAGAGGUGACAACAGAGAGGGGUGCAGGUGGUGGGAGUUUAAAUGCCUGACAGAGAAAGACAGGACGAUGGUCUCAGAGAGUUUCAGGAGCCGGUGUUGUCACUCCUCACUCACACUCUGCUCGAACAUCAACUCCCAAAUCAUGUGAAUAAGAAGAAGACUCGCUGUUGGCGAAAUUUUCUGUUUUAACCAUCUCUAUAUGGAUUAAUUACAAGGCCCGGUGUUUUCAAAAAGUCUGCAGGAGGCCGCGAGACAUGAAUCAUCCCGGAAGUCAUAUUUUCUCUUUGUUAUUUUCCAAAAUGAUGAGACAGUGUUCUGUGGCAAACAUUACACCACAGUGUCAAACCACUGAAAUUCAUUAUGUGGAUGAUUUGUGAACAGAAUCCUGGAAAUAUAGUUACAUAAUAUUUCAGGAUGGGUUAAUGUCCUAAUGUGUUUUAAUAAUAAAAAAUCUAGUAAUCAGGAUCUUGAAACCCUGAUCUCUUGACUCAUGACAAUGUAGAAACUUUUAAAAUAUAUGGGAUGAAUAUCAAGCCAUACUGCCAAACUGUGCAUGUUGUAAACUUAACUCUAAGAUUUGUCCUUGUCCAGACCUGUACAUGCACCCCUGUUCAGACCACCAUGUACAAGGUUUCAAACCAGGAAAACAAACUGAUGUACUUGGAGAACAAGGACAAAUUUUAAACUCUGAAAAUGUGUUGGAGAAACUCUGUAAAAAGAGAACUGCAGUUUUGAAAAAGGAAAACUCAAAUAUGAAAUAAUGUUGGCAGAGAUUAGAACAUUGUGCAACCUUUUAAAAUCUUUGUUUUCAGUUUCAUAAAAUGUCAUGAUAUAUAUCCCAUAAAAAGAGGGUUAUAAGAUUUUCAGUGAAAAUGCAGCCUCAGAAGUUUAUAUGUAAAUAACCAGCAUCUCCUCUGUUGUUCGUGUGUAGAAAUCCACGACUCGCAUUCCUGCAUUUCAGAGUUGCAGUUUUUGACGCUCCUGCUGUCGUUACUGUCAGAGAAGCAGGGCCGAUGAUCCUGCCCUGAGAUUGUGACACACUUGUACCAGACCGAAAUAAAGUGUGUCUUAGUUUGCUGUUCCUUAUUUGACAUCCUCUUACUGCGUUCUCUUCGUCAGCACGAUUUCGCAACAGCAUCCAAAUGUUUUGCUGCUUUCAGUUCAUUGAAUGAACGUGUGUUCUCAAAUGUUCAGCUCA